AAGGAAUGCAUACUCUCUCUCUCUCUCUCUCUCUCUCUCUCUCUCUCUGGUCUUUUCAACAGUGAAAGUUAUCAAUCUCUUCCUUAUUUUCUUUCCCUGCAUUGCAUUUCCUUGCUUCUAUCACCUUAUACAAAAAAAGAAAAAGAAAAUAAGGAAAAGGAAAAGACAAACUGUCUCCACCACCUAAAAAGAAGAAAAAAGAAUGAUUGAUAAAGAAAAAAAUAUCAAACUUACGACUCAUAUCUUCGGCCUGACACAAAACCUCCAAAAUUGGGCAAGGGGAGAGAAAAAUCGGUAUCAUUUGAGAAGUCAGUUUCCUUCAGCGAUGACCUGCCUGACCUCAGCACCCCCCAAAGCAGCACGUCCCUGCAGCCGAGAAACAGCCUAUGAAGCCAGCGAUCAAGUGCUCCACCCUGCCCAGGAUGUCCUCCCAAGACUCCUUACGUGCAAAUAAUGGAGAGGCUCUCAGACCACUCAAGCCUGCCUCCACCCCCACUCCUCCUCCCACUACUACUACUACUACCACUACUACCUCUACCACCUCCCUCAAGCCACUGCCUCCGCCAAAACCUCCCAAUUUGAUGCUCACACGACCAUCUCUUUCACUUCAGAAUUCAACAGACCUGCGGCUCUCCCCUGAGGUGUACAACCAGCUGAGGGUGCUGCAGAAGAAGGCUAAGGAACUGCGCACUGACGUCAGGAACCUCCGCAAGACUUCCCAGGCCAAUGCUCUUACUAUGAAGGAGUUACUUAGGGACACUAUCAGCAAGAUUACGUCGGUGCUUCAGUCUAAUGAAGAGAGCUUACUGCAAGGCACCUCGGACGCUGAGAGGGCGAGGAUACAGCGGGAGGAGGCAUCUUACCGGCAGGACAUGAACAAGCUGGACAAGGACCUCUGUGACCUGGAGUUGAAAGUGGAGGAACUGCGGAACAACGUAAUCAAUCGGCGACUCCGUGUCAACAUGUCGGAUGUGGAAAACAUGGCACUUAUCCUUUCUAGGUCAAGCAAAACAGUGGCGGACUUGAAGGCAAAGUUUCCGAUCCUCCAAGAUGGACUGAAGGAUCUUAUAUCAGCCGAGAUGGAGAGAGCAAUUUGCAAUGAGAAGUUCCUGAAAGAAGAGCCUGACAAACUGGAGAGUGCGCUGAGAAGGUGCAAAAAGCUCACUGGCACUUUGGUUACUCUCAAAAGGUUAGCCUCGGUGCAGGAGCAGAGAGUGCCCCCCUUAGGGCCAGGUGGCGUGCCGGUGGGUGUGGCCAAUGGAGAUCCCCGGGCCACCUCCCCCACCCCCACAGAGGACCUCCGCGCCUCCAGCAGUAAGGUAGAAGACCGAAAUACCCCCAAGUUGGAUGUUGGCCAUCAGCCCGGUGUUGUCCCGAGCCCUCACCUGGCACACCCCGGAGCCACCGACGGACAGCCGCGCCUUCGUGCAGAGAACGCACUCGACGCUCUGCUAGACGAGCUGCAGACCUUUGCCCAGCCACCCUCUGAGGCCGGCAGCCGCAAGAGCAGCCUGGAGCCGCCCCCCACACCCCAGAGCACCACCGCACCUGCCACGCUCACCGCCAGCACCACCGUCAAGCGGCUGCCCUCCUUCCCCAGCUCUGACUCACAGUCCUCACCUGUCAAGACACCUGCCAGUGCCCUGUACCCUGGGGCGGCCAGCACGCUGCCCCGGGCAGCCAGCUCCAACCCUGCCCUCCCCCCACGGGAGGGGCCUGGCCAGAAACUUGGCCUGGCCCAGGUGCUGCAGGGCAUGGGCCAGCCUGGCGACCCACACCGCCUGCCGCCGCCGCCGCCGCCCCGCACCUCGUCCCGCUCCCCCAUGCUGUCGCCCACAUCACCGCUGGCACCGGCUGGCCGAGCCGUGUCUCUGCCACCAGGUGGGCCAGUGGUGUCCAAGGUGGGCGAGGUGCUGCGCAACGCUGAGGGCCGGGAGCUGUAUGGCCCAGUGCUGAGGCAGCGGCCGCCGCUGGGACGUGGCUCCUUCAGUGAGGACUCCACCGCUUCCUCUGCCUCCACCAACAGCUCCACCAGCAGCGCCAAAGCCGGCCAGUUGUCCUCCAAUAGCAGCAGCACAGAGAGCGUCAACUCCCAGGAGGGGGCGGCACCCCACCGGCCACUUGGCACUGGUGGGCCACCCCCCACGCCUCCCCCCAAGCAGCGGCAGGAGAACCUGGAGGCACGCCACAUGGAGCUGCUGCGGCGUCAAAGGCAGCUGCAGGAGCAGUACCAGCGGCUGCAGUCAUUACAGCGGAGUGGUGGCCGGCCCACCCCAGCCAACAUAGACCUGAAGAAGACCGGCAGUGAGAGUAACCUGACAGCACGUCUGGGCCUGUCCCUUGCCCCUGCCCCUCCCCAUGGCUCCCUCUCAAACCUGUCCUCCCCCAGCACCCACACCAACACCCUCCCCAACCCCAAGACCUCCUCAGCCGCCCUUUCGGCAGGCAACGGUGGCCCCACCUCGCGCCGCCCUGCUGGCCUGGUGGAGACGGACAUCCUCUGAGCCGCUGCUGCUGCACCCUCUGGGAUGUGUACAUAUGUACAGCACACACACGGACGGAUGCCAUGCUGCAAGGGACAGCAGCACAGUGCUAUUCCUUCGGAACCUUCUCUCAUUGUUCUUGUCGCCGCAUGAUGUUUGUCAGCGCUGAUGGGACGCCGCGGCCCCACGCCACAUGUGGCCGCUGCCGCACCAAACAAUCAAAACAGACUCUGCCCACCACCAUUUGGCCAAGGAGGGCCGGCGCAUGCCCGGCCACACUGUCAAGUCCUGUGUGAAUUUGGAUUGACUGGUUGCUCAAGAUGAAGGCAGGUCAGGCAGGUCAGGCAGGUGCAGGCUGAGGCAGUGCAGGCCCUGCCUCUCCCCUUCUGGGCCUCCUGCACAGGUGACAUUUCUGCCACUACAAGCAAUUAGCUCACACAGGUCUGUGGCUGGGGAGCAGCAGCAGUAGCAGCCCAUGGGUGGCUCAUAGCACAGCAGGACAAAGCCAACCAGUAAUCUGACCUGCCUCCAAAUUGGUGGUGAAAUCUCCAAUCUCAUGGCCAGAGGACAUCCCAGAGAGUCAGUCCUCUGUGGCAAAAUGGUGGAGUCCUGCAGGGAAUGUGCUGGAUGCUGCAUUCCAUCAAAAUUAACAGGAAUUACUAUGUUAAGAGGAUUUACACAAAACAGUCAAUCAGAAUCUCCCCCCACCCUGCCUGAGGGUGCAUGAGGCAGACAGACAAACAGACAGACAAACAGACGGGCGGUGCUCAGGGCUGCAUCUCCAGGGUGGACAGAACCGUGUGCCACCAUUCCUACCAUGGAAGGAAACGCUCAUGUACAUAAGAUUUAUAAAACAAAGUCACACACGUUCUAUGUAUUUACUGUACGAGUAUGUAUGUCUUAAGUUCUGGGACUGCCCUCCGCCUCCUGCCCUUGGGUUCUCCCCCACGGUGGCAUGCGUGGUGGUGACUGCCGCAGCACACAUCUUGCAGAGCGGCCAUGGGGCUGUGUGACGGCACGCAGGCCGGGGCAUCACACAGCACCACAACACCACCACUCCAGGCCAGACCUUGACCCUCACACACGCUGGAAACAAUCACUCUGACUGUUCAACUCUGACGGGAUUCUCACUAGUUUCCUUAGCGCUGCGUCGCUGGCUGGUGAAGACUGCCAGUGCCUCGGCUCAGACAGUAUUUACACACCCUCAGGAAUCUGCCGGAUGUCACUAUUGAUAGCAAAGAAAGUAUAAAGAGAGACAAUAAGUCCUUACAGCAGCAGGCUCCUCAAGUUUGGUGCACUACCAAGACCAGGCUGUGGUGUGUCUGCCGGUGCUGGCAAGAUGAGCACCCUGCAGCAACACCUCACCUUCCUUGCUAUCCUGACCUGUCCUCUCCUGCUCUCAACCAAAGGUUACUCAGUAUUAAUAAGAUGCUGCCCCUGUGUGUUCCCCUGGAGUCUAGCGCAGUGCAGGGCAGGAGUGUGCUGCACUGCUCGGGGCUGACAGCUUCUCCGUGUGUUUACCUCCUCCUGGCCCAGCUGUGAUCCCCCAGCAGUGAAUGCAUGACCAGAACACCCCUUAAUUCAUUGUUGAUAUUCAUUAUUAAUCUCAAGAACGUACGUAACACUGACUCAAAGGGAGGAAAGAUAAUAAAAGAUGUUAUGUAUACUAACAAUAACAACAGGAAAACUUUCACAUCAUCAUCGUCUCGUAGCUUUUGAUAUCAUUUUCCUAAACCGUGAUGAAGCUUGUAACUCGCGCGUGUGUUUGAUAACCGAGUAUCUCUGUAGCUGCGUAUUUCAGUACAACAACCCUGGAAGGACAGAGUGUGAAGAGAGCAAGUGGGGCCAGCUGCCUUGUAGAGAUCAGACUAUAGAGCUGUGUGGCAACCCUUCAACACACACACACACACACACACACACACACACACACACACACACACACACACACACACACGUCUCUACAGUCACACAAUACUCACACAGUACUCAUAGCUCAAGCUGUUCUCUUCUUCAUGAGUGGUACAAGUUCUAGUCUCCAUAACAGCACUACAGCAGUCUCCUCUACAGCACCUGACACCCACAGGAGUACAUGACCCGCUCAAUGCACUCUUGCCAUUGCGCUGAAACACUUAUGGUUCCGGCGAUGGCCUCUGUCAGAUGGUAUUCCUUCUGUGCCAAAAAUCAAUCAGGAGUCGGCCUCUUUGCUGUGUGCAAGUAAAAAAAAACAAAAAAAGCAAGGGAAAGAAAGAUUGAUGGACGGGAAAGACAUUAUUGUGAGAAACUGUAGUUUGUGACUAAGCAAUAUUUUGUAUGUUUGUCCGACGAGUUAUAGCAACAAUCAGUGUUAUCUACCUCUGUGACUCACCAGUGCUCCUCCUCUGUGACGUGUGUAACACAACAAGACAUGGAGAGCAGGUUAAAGGAAAACGCAGCAGCCAUGGCCAGAGUCUUUUACAUUUCUGCGAGGGCUGCCGCAUCAAAACUCAUAUCACAACAUAAUUAAUUUGUUUUAUAUUUUACGGUAGAGAAGAAGAAAAAAAUCGAUGACAAACUUUGGCAAUUUUGAUGUAUCAUCUCGAGAGUUCUUUCCGCCACUGUCUCGGUGGCUCGCUUUCCUGUGAUUCGUUGGAGUUUUGUUCCCUGCCAGCCAUGCGAGUCGGCAACGAGGAAUUUUGUUGUUUCUGUGGCAUAGCUAGAAAUCUGCCAGGGUUUAUUUUCUCUCAGUGUGCUGCUUCUGAAGACAAGACAUACAGGAAGUCUUUGGUUCACGCCACUUGUCAUUCUGUGCCGCCAGUCGUCUCUCUGCAGCCUCACGCUGGCCCCUGUAUUCCAAAACAUUUCAAACUCACCUCAACUGUUUUUUAACAGUCUGUAGUAGAUGUUACCAGGUUUCCAAGAGUGUAUGACUUUUUGUGGUAACAGGUCCUGCGCCAUCAGUAGAAGAAGCACCCAUGCAAACCUAGUCAUCUCAGCAGCUUUUGAAAACAAGAGAGAGAACAAAACAUUUAAGAGUACAGGGCAAGGAGAGCCAUCAUACAUGACCUCAGGGUAGCUUCAUGGUACCUCUCCUCUGGUCUGGCCUGCAGGAGUGACUAUAGCAAUGAAUAAGUGGCGUGACCCAACAGCUUCCUAUAUUCCUCAGUCCCAUAGGUGCCUAGAAUGAAGACGAUCAUAUGAGUAGCCUGCCCUGCACGCCCUCGGCCGCCCCACCGACACCCUCACGUCACCACAGAGUAAUGACGGUCUUGUGCUGUAAGAUACGAGUGUAUUUAUUACGGAUUGACUUUCAGGGUGUGUGACGGAUGUUUCUAGACGUGCAAUAGUUUGAAGGAGCAGUAAGAUGUCUUGGUUAUCAUGUGAACAAAAUGUUUUCUUGAUUUGUGAAUGUGUGUAUGAUAGUUUUCAAGAGUUGUAAGAUAUCUUUGUUUCUCUUGCAGAAUUAAUUUAUUGAUAAUUUCUGAAUGUGUGAUACUUUCAAAGAUUCACAAGAUAUCUUUGUUUUCCUGUGAAUUCAAUAUUUUCAUUAUUUAGGAAUGUACGAUAAUUUCAAAGAGUUGUACAAUAUCUCUGUCUCCUGGUGAACUGAACACCCUUAAAACUCCUUAGCAUAGUCAGAAAACAGAAUACAUACAUUUUUAUAAAUUUUUCACCACUAAGAAAGCAUAACACAAGCAGUGCCAAAGUAAUGAAUGAAACAGUCAUGACACAUUUUCUAAUAGACCAAUGCCGUGUAGGUCAAGGCAGGACCAAGGUGGCGGUGGUGGUGGCCCCGGCAGGACGUGCAGGCGGCCCCUCAGGGUAGCAAAGUCUCACUCUUCCUGCCGCCUCUGCUUCACCUUCAUGUUUUCGCCUUAUUAAAUAGUCUACAUAAAUUUAUCAAUUAAAAGAAAGAAAGCCUUCACAAAAUAGUGUUGACAUAAUGCAUGGAUAGAUAUUAUGAGUUAAUUCUUUGUAACUUUAAAUUUCUGUAAUAUACAUAUGCAUAUAUUGUAAUUUUAUAAGGAGUUCUAACUUAUGGGAAGGUGUGUGGUGGUGUGGUUAGAGGGACACACUUGCUGUGCCGCCAUGGUGCAGGUGUGGGGUACUUAAUUAACUGGGUUCUCAGGUGAUGUGGAAGAGGAGAGAGAUUGAGGUGCAUUCAUGAAGCUGCAGGAAAAUGGGAAAGCUUGAAUAAACAAAAAAAAUGUAUGCAGAGUUACUGUUGUGUUUCAUUACUUAAAAAAGAAAUGUUACAAAAACUAAAUAAAUAAUAAAUAAAUAAUAAUAAUAAUAAAGUAAAGAUUAAACGUUUCAUGUCUGUCCGAGUCUAGUUCCUUGCGUCUUGUUAAUUUCCUUACGAUGGGCUCAGCGAUUUUAAGAACUACAUUAAUUUUUAUCCUUUCUUUUUAUCGAAUCUCUAGGCUUAAGCGUUCCUUCUUGCCGAGGCGAGGAAUUACUGUUUCCGGGAACCCACCACAAGAGCCGAGGGUUGAUGAGAGCUGGUAUGUGUACUAUAUGUCCUGUUAAACUUAUUUCAAUGAUAAAAAAAGAUAUGUUUGCCACAAAUAAAACUGCAAUUACA